AUGGUAAGAACUACUAUUGCGUGUGCCCGGUGCAGGCGAUACAAGGUCAAAUGCAUGCACUCGGGGUCCCCUCCUUGCCGGGGAUGUGCAAAGGCAGGUGCUGAGGCCUGCAGCAGUUGUGUGCUCUCACUGCCAACUUUGUCGAGUAAGAAGAGACAUCGUCCGGUUAGGGGCGUUCCGACGGAUACUCCUCAUCCACAACAUCCAACACUGAACACAACUUGGCCAGAGGUGAGUUCGAGAAGAAGCGAACAAACCAAUAGUUCAGUAUCACAUAACCCGCUUGAUGAUUGUCUCCUUGACUCUGCACUUGUUCUUCAGGCCGGCAAUGUCUUCAAUGAAAAGUUCCCAGAGAUUCCGUUUCUACAUAUGUCCAGUUUCAGGAAGUCUCUUCAAUCGUCAAUUCGAAAGGAGAAUGAAAUAUCAGGAACACCGGUUGCUCACGGUCGGGCGGAGUUUGGCCGAGCAACUGCUUUAUAUGCUGCACUAAUUGCGGUCACGCUUCCUAUAAUCGAGCCUGAUAGGAAGAGGGAUGAAUAUGCCGCACUCGCAAAGCGGUUGGUUUCAGUGGAUGAUGCUGCAGAUAUAUAUCAAGUGCAGGCGCUGGUUGUACUGGCUAUAUACGAGUGGGGCGAUGGAAAGCCAUAUCGAGCAUGGAUUUACAGCGGAAUGGCAAUUAGACUUGUGCAGCUCAUAGGGUCAAUAAUAGACCCCCAAAAAACAACUGAACUUCAGCGAGCUAUACACAAUCGAACUUUCUGGAGCUGUUUUGUUCUCGAUCGACUUGUCUUUUGUGGUAAACCUCAGCCGCCAGCACUACCACUCGCAUCGAUAGAUACACAUUGGCCCUCGCUUGAUACGGACUUUGCAUUCGGUACCUCGGGAAUCAAACUAUUCCCAGGAAAGACUUUUGAAGAUUCCCCCAGAUCUAUUGUGGAAGAUAUUGACGGCUAUUUCUCCUUGCUUGUGCAGGGUAUCGAUAUCUGGUCCGAUAUCCUGAAAUGGGUUGUCAGUGGCGGAAGGCGUCAUCCAGAUGUUGUGGCUUCAAAAGAAACGCCAUGGUCCGCACGAUCAAGCUGGAGGACAAACUAUCAAAGACUGCAGCUCUGGAGACAGAAGCAUGGGAACCGUAUCCGAUAUCCCGACGUUAGUGUGGACGGACACGUCUCAUUACGAAGGGGUAAUGGAGAAGCUUUUGCUUAUGUUAAUCUUAUCUACCAUGUGAGCAUGUUAUUCUUAUGUCGAGAAUACAUCCCAUUCUUGCCAACUCCAAACUCCCGACCUUGUGGACCAGUUGACCCUCCCCUUCUUGAGGAGCUAGCUCCCUCGGGGUGGUGGGAAGAUCGGGCAAAUGAUUUGUUCUCGGCAUCCUCCAACAUUACAGCACUCCUUAGUGAGUUGAAAAGAGAAGGUGCUCCUCUCCUUACACCCUUCGCCGGUUUCUGUGCCUUUUCCGCGGCGACAAUGAACAUCUACGUCGCAUGUUUUCCGCAAAUGAAUCUCGGCCGUAGCAAAGGGCGUGAAUCAGAUUUGGACGUAGACUUGGCUUAUCUCGACGAGUUUCAAGAACGUUGGCCAAUGGGGGCUGGUUGGUGGGCAACCAUCCAACGAAUCCGAGAUUUGUACCAACGCGCGAGUGAAGACCGAUCUCGGUACGCGGGAAAGACACGGGCAGACUUUAUACGUCUUGAGACAUCCAUCCAUGAUUGUACUGGCGCUUCACCUGGAGAGAGUAGCGAGUUUGUAGGGCUUGAAAACCGCGAAAUGGCUAGACAAGAGCAUCAUAGGUACGAGGAUCAUCAAGCGGCUAUGAGUUUGCAGCAAGUAUCACAAGCAGGCAACCUGAACCAUACAUCUGCCCAGGCUUCUCAAGUAAUGCCUGAUUGGAACGAUCUAUGGUUUCUUUGGGGAGAUACUCAAAUGGCUGCAUUUGGUGUGGAAGGAAGUUCCUAUGAGUACUCAUUUGACUUACAGGAAGGAAGCACACCAAUAUAUUAG